UACCAGGUUUUAAGUGAAAGUGCACGCCUGAUCUCUGGGGAGGCUCCAAGUAACAUGGCGCCGUUUGUUCGUGGCGUUGUUCGGAAGGCUCCACGAUGAUUGUUUCUCGGUGUUUAGACACCGCUAUCGUACUUAAACUUAUAGAGCACUUUUCAACAUGGCUUCGAAAGAGUCAAGAACAGUUAGCAACCUUUCACCCGAGUCGAUGAAGGUUAUCGCGGAAUCUAUCGGAAUUUCGAAUUUACCCGAUGAAGCGGCCAAAGAGCUGGCGGAUGAAAUCACAUACCGCCUCAAAGUUACAGCGCAGGACGCAAGCAAGUUUAUGGGACAUGCAAAGCGGAGGCGACUUUCCACGGCCGACUUCGACAAUGCGCUGAAGAUGAAGAACGUUGAACCACUGUACGGAUUUCACUGUCCGGACUACGUGCCUUUCCGCUAUGCCAGCGGUGGGGGCCGGGAGCUCUUCUUUGUUGAGGAGAAAGAAUUGGAGCUGAACGACGUCAUCAGCUCGCAGCUGCCCAAACUACCUCUGGACGUUUCUAUAAAGGCCCACUGGCUAAGCAUAGAAGGAAUCCAGCCCACUGUUCCUGAGAAUCCACCACCGGUGUCCAAAGACCUGCAGCGGGUGGAGAGCAUUGAUCCCGUGACCAAGCUGAACAAGGCUGUGCUGCCAGGGAGCACCAAGGUGCCGGGGUUGCCCACCAAGCAGGAGCGCACCAAGCAUGUCGAGACGGUCAAGGUCAAACAGCUCGCAACACACGAACUCUCCGUGGAGCAGCAGUUGUACUACAAAGAAAUCACGGAGGCAUGCGUGGGGUCCGACGACUCUCGGAGAGCGGAAGCGCUGCAGAGCUUGGCUUCGGAUCCCGGUUUGCACCAGAUGCUGCCACGCUUGUGCACUUUCAUCUCGGAAGGGGUGAAGGUGAACGUCGUGCAGAACAAUCUGGCGUUCCUCAUCUACCUGAUCCGAAUGGUUAAAGCUCUACUGGACAACCAAACACUGUACCUGGAAAAAUAUCUUCACGAGCUGAUUCCGUCCGUGGCCACGUGCAUUGUAAGCCGGCAGCUCUGCACCAGACCAGACGUGGACAACCACUGGGCACUGAGGGACUUUGCCUCUCGGCUCAUGGCGCAGAUCUGCAAGAACUUCAACACGAGCACCAACAACGUGCAGACGCGAGUGACGCGCAUGUUCAGCCGGGCGCUGCAGAACGACAAGAUGCCACUGGCGUCCCACUACGGGGCUGUGUCAGGCCUGGCCGAGCUGGGGCCAGAGGUGGUGCGGUCGUUUGUGCUGCCCCGCAUUCGGCAGCUGGGAGAGAAGCUGCGGCAGGGCCUCGAAGAGCCCAGCACCUCCCCCGUGGACAAGAAGGCGGCCGAGCACAUCAAGCAGCUCGCCCUGCGGGUGGUGGCACCCGUGCUGAAGGCAACGCGCUCUCCGCCGGACAACCCGGACGAGUACCGGGCGGAGUACGGCUACCUGGGCCACCUGCUCCAUGCGCAGGUGGUGAGGGCACGCAUGCAGCCCACCACCACCGCAUCUGUGGCUCGCACCACGCUCACGGUGACGCAGCCAACCAGGUUACUCCAGGCGACGCCGCGUGCCCCGACCCUGGUACCGGCGCCACGCGUUCCCACCGCGACGCUGGCGGGCGGCACGCAGAAGUAUGUCAUCGUGACGUCCAACCCCCCUCGCCCCUCCGCCCCGCCGAGCCCCCUGACGGCCGCGACGAACAACGCGAGUGCGGCGGGCUCCACGCCGACGCUGGUCAAGAUAGUCACGGCGGCCCCGAGCCAGGGCGGGCUCCAGACCAAGGGAGUCACCUCCACGGCGCCGCUCACCAAGGUCGUCGUUGUGACCAUGGCGCAGCCACCUUCCUCUGUCGCCGUGAAGAGCGUGUUCUCGCCGGCACCCGUAUCGUCGCCGGUGCCGGCGUCGCAGCCCUUUGCCGCGGCAACGGCGCCUCUCUCCGACGGCGUGGGAAUGCAAGUGGCAAAUUCGACGGACGUCACAAUCAAGGAGGAGCCUGUGGAGAUGGACACCUCAUGAAGUGGCGUCUUCAGUUUUUAAAAGGGGGGGAGUACGUUGUGCCGCAACGUGCAACAAUUUUCACUUUUUUUUUUCUUUUAGUUUGGGGCGUUGUUUUCUCCGCACUCGUUGCACGAACAAUGUUGUAGAUACACGAUGUGGGGGGGGUUGAACCACUGCUCUUUUCUGCCCAUCACAUUGUUUCCUUUUUGGCCGGGUUUUGGUUGGUAAGAUUCGUGGUUUCGCUGGAGGGAAUCGAGUAGCAUACAGCUCGCCGAGGUUGGAGAGCAACUCCCAAAGAAAUCGGCGGUCGCGGCUCUGUUGGCGAAAACUGAGCAGCGUGAAACUAACGUUUCGCCGACCUUGAAACGUCGACAGCGCUCGCGACAGCGACACUUUGUUGCUUUAUAUAAGGAGUGCGAUUCGGGGGUCUAGGUAAUGAAGUGCGACGUUGGCACGAGGAACCUUGCAAGAAGGUGACUUCUGCCCUGGAUUUCCAAGGAUUUAGCUGUGACUCAAGCUUUUCUUCUUGCCAUUUCUGUAUUUGCAUUUUUUGGGGGGCUGGGAGGGGGUCAAUUUCUGGAGCCUAUUCCAAGUGUAAAUAAGAAUUAUGUAUAACGGUUAUUUUUGAGACUCCUAGUUUCCCCUGUUGCAGUUUGUUUCUUGUUGCUUUCUAGUACCCCUUUCCGUUCUCCCAUCACUCGAGACUGUUUAUGUAUAGCUCAGAGAAAUUGCAUCUUGAAAGCAAGCUCCCAAGAGUGACUUUUUCAGAGUGUUUCUUUCCUCCACCUAAUAAAACUGCCAUUCUUUAAGAA